AUUUCCCAGUCACAUUUAAAAAUAUAUAGAUACUUUUUUAAUAUAUAAAAUAUAUUUUUUAAAAGUUAAUUCCAAUUAUGUCAUUAUAUUUUACGAUUUAGGAUCAAUUUUGUCAUACACUUUAAAUUUUUAAAUGGCAAACGAAGCUGAAGAGACUAUACGCAAGCUUUCCAUGCACAAAGGAGUUGUAGGAGUUGUAGUUGUGAAUGGCGAAGGAAUACCCAUUAAAUCAACUUUGGAUAACCACAUUUCUGUGCAAUACGCCGGUCUGCUUAGCUCUCUGGUAGACAAAGCGAAGUCUGUCGUCCGUGAUCUAGAUCCUACGAACGACCUCACAUUUCUACGUAUUCGAAGUAAGAAAAGCGAAGUUAUGGUUGCUCCAGACAAAGACUUCGUUCUGAUAGUCGUUCAAACCCCUGUUGAAUGACGAAGGCUUUCGCCCUUAAGGCAUUAUAGAUUUAUCUUUUAUUUCGAAACAUUAUUAGGUACUUUAAUUCUUUAAAAAUAAAACAUUU